AUGGGCAGUGGAGCAAGUGCUGAAGACAAGAAGUCCAAGGAGCUGGAGAAGCAGCUGCAGGAGGAUGCAGACAAGGAUGCCAAAACUGUGAAGCUCCUGCUGCUCGGUGCUGGAGAGUCAGGAAAGAGCACCAUUGUGAAGCAGAUGAAAAUUCUGCACCAGGGUGGUUAUACGAAAGAGGAACAAAUGGAGUUCAAGGCAAUUAUCUACGGCAACAUCCUGCAGUCAGCACUCGCUAUCGUCAGAGGCAUGGAAAUGCUGGGCAUCGACUUUGGGUCUCCAUCUUCAGCGGAGGAUGGCCAGAAGCUGCAGAACCUCUCAGACUCGAUCGAGGAGGGCACCAUGCCCCCUGAGCUGGCUGAAGUCAUCAAGCGGCUGUGGAAGGACUCCGGGGUGCAGGCUGCUUUCGAGAGGGCUGCAGAGUACCAGCUGAAUGACUCCGCCUCCUACUACCUGAGUGAGCUGGACCGAAUCACUACCCCAGACUACCUGCCCACAGAACAGGAUGUACUGCGGUCCAGAGUGAAGACCACAGGUAUCAUUGAGGAGCAGUUCUCCUGCAAAGAGCUGCACUUCAGGAUGUUUGACGUAGGAGGCCAGAGGUCUGAGCGGAAGAAGUGGAUCCACUGUUUUGAGGGCGUGACUUGCAUCAUCUUCUGUGGCGCACUCAGUGCCUACGAUAUGGUGUUGGUGGAGGACGAUGAAGUGAACCGCAUGCAUGAGAGCCUCCAUCUGUUCAACAGCAUCUGCAACCACAGGUUCUUUGCAACAACCUCUAUUGUGCUCUUCCUCAACAAGAAGGACCUCUUCCAGGAAAAAAUCAAGAAAGUCCACCUCAGCAUCUGCUUCCCCGAUUAUGAUGGUCCCAACACAUACGAAGAUGCCAGUAACUAUAUUAAGAUACAGUUUGAGGACCUGAACAUGAAAAAAGGAGUGAAAGAAAUCUACUCCCAUAUGACCUGUGCCACAGACACACAGAACGUCCAGAUCGUGUUCAACGCCGUCACAGACAUUAUCAUCAAAGAGAACCUAAAGGACUGUGGGCUGUUCUAA